AUGUCAAGCUUACCGCCAGAAUUAUCUGGUGCCUUGAAAAACUAUAGGGCACAUAAUCGUGAACAUCGCAAAGCAUUUCUACUAGAAUUACUCAACGAAUGCGAUUCAUAUGACUUUCACAUACUUCAGCAACGUUUAAAACAUUUGGGCAUGACUGGAUUUGACCUGUUGGGGGCGUUGCCUGUCGAAUUGUCGGUGAAAAUAUUCUCGCAUCUUGAUCCUGGAGAUUUGUGCAAUUGUAGGGAGUAA